ACAUUAUAAUGAUAACAUGUUUCUAUGGUGUAGACUAAGGCGGCAUACAGACUGGCAUACAUCAUUUUACAGAAAAAGCAUUAGUUAUAGUUUGUAAUAUCAUCAAUUAAAAAUGUCUAAAGAAAAUUCUCCAUAUAUUCAUGUUGAGAGAACGCUUGUCAUUAUUAAACCUGAUAUUAUUCAUCAUGCAGACCAAAUUGAGGAAUUCAUUUUAAAAAAAGGAUUUUUCAUCAUCCAGAAACGACGUGUACACUUAACACCGGAACAAGUCAGUGAAUUCUACGCUGAACAUUACGGGAAAAUAUUUUUUCCAACAUUAGUUGCUUAUAUUAGCAGUGGACCAAUAGAAGUACUAGUCAUAGCUAAAGAAAAUGCCAUAUCUAUUUGGCGUGAACUGAUCGGUCCACAGAAUGCAUUAAAAGCUAAAGCUAUUGCACCUGAAAGUUUAAGAGCAAUCUAUGGUACUGAUGAUCAACAAAAUGGUAUACAUGGAGUGAUUCAUUUACGAGUGCUGAAAGAGAAAUUCGAUUCUUCUUUCCAGAUACGGUUGUGGAACCAAUUCCAGUACGACUGGCUGCAAAAGAUUACUUAGCCAGAAAUGUGAAUCCAACACUGCUCAGAGGGUUAACAGAAUUGUGUAAACAGAAACCAAAAGAUCCAGUUCUUUGGCUAGCCGAUUGGUUACUGGAAAAUAAUCCAAACAGACCACGUCUAAGUGAUAAAUCUACACUUUAUCAACAUGUGUAACAAGUGAAUUCUAUGGGAGAUUUCAACAUUAUGAGAAAUGUUUUCUUGAACGAACCACUCGUUAGUUUUUAAGAAUUAAUAAAUAUGUACUUUAAUUCACCUUAAUGGCUUUUAGCCAGUUUAUAAGUGGAAAAUUAGUGAGAUUUUCGCAUAAACUAUCCAAAUCGGAAUCGAAAUUAUGUACCUCUAGGUUACGGAGUGAAUAAGUUCAGCAAUCGCUACUCAUACCGGUUGAGUUAUUAUAUAAGUGAUUGAAUUAAAAGGUAGCUACUCUGGGUUGAUAUCGACUGUUAGCUACCCACGCUGACAUAACGUAAGAUAUGUGCUCUUCUGAUAAUCAGAGAGUAAUCUGCUUGACAUGGAAUCUAGAGCUCUAGCUUUGAUAGUUAUUCGAUACGUUGUCGUACCUCAGAAACAUCACUCCAAACUAGGUAGCUAGCUGAACCAGUGACAUGUGUACUCACAGAUGGCAGACGUUUCUUCAGGUUCGAAAAAAUAUCUUUUAAUAUGUUAUGGAAUGUUUCCACUGUAGUCAGGGAAUGAAAGUUGGCAGAAGUGAGUUUGCAAUGACCAGGAUGACCAAGACAUCAGUCACAGAAUGCUAAGACAAUGCUUACCCGUAUAGAUAAUGCCGACUGAAAAAGCUCAAAAAUAAAUUAAGUGCUGAUGGUAGGAAAACAAAGACAUCGCAGAAAACGGUGCAGUCAUCGACUCUAUUAUAAAUAAAUUGAUUGUCUCUACAGUGCACAAUUUUUCCGUUGACUGUUAAGAUAAGCCACGCAGAGAAGUUUAGGAUAUCGAGAUACCAAUAAUCGGUAAAUGAAGAGGCAAGGUGAGGACUCAAAACUGACCAUCUAUCCCUACUCACUUUCCUCCUCCAAUGUAUUUCAGCAUAUUUUAGUUACGUACUUUUUCUUCAACGUUGCAACUAAUCAAAACUGAC